GGCGGCGCGGAGAUCACCGAGGCGGAGGUGCGCGAGGCGUUCGCCGCGUUCGACGAGGACGGCGACGGCCUGCUCGACGCGAGGGACGUGAAGUCGUUCUUCGAAGCGCUCGGACAGACGGUGUCGACGCGCGAGGCGAGCGAGAUGUUACGGACGGUGGACGGCGACGGCGACGGGAGGGUGAACUUCGAGGAGUUCUUCGAUCUCGCGACG